AUGCCCAUGGCGUCCCCCCAAACCCUGUUCUGCCUGCUGUUCCUGGUGAUCACUGAAGGCUGGGGUCAGCAGGCGGCCAUCCCAGGCUGCCACCUGCACCCCUUCAAUGUGACGGUGCGCAGCGAUCGCCAAGGCACCUGCCAGGGCUCCCACGUGGCACAGGCUUGCGUGGGCCACUGCGAGUCUAGCGCCUUCCCUUCCCGGUACUCAGUGCUGGUGGCCAGUGGCUACCGACACAACGUCACCUCCAUCUCUCAAUGCUGCACCAUCAUUGGCCUGAGGAAGGUGAAGGUGCAGCUGCAGUGUGGGGGGGGCCGGAGGGAGGAGCUGGAGAUCUUCACGGCCAGAGCCUGCCAGUGUGACAUGUGUCGCCUCUCACGCUACUAG